AGUCACUAAAAGUCGGCGGUUGCGAGUGGUUGUGCCUUUUUUUUCUACUAGAAUUAUAAAUGUCGUUGUCGUGUCGUUAGGGUGUUACAAAGCGUGUCGUGUUAAGUGUUGUUGUUGCUGUUUUUUUGCAGUUAAAUUCACUAAACAAACAAAAACAUAAUAAAAAAAUACUUAAUAAUUUAUAGUUAUUUCAACUAAAUAAAAACAAAUUUGCAUUGCUUUUUAAUUGUAGUUAUUUAAAAAAUAAAAACGAAAAAAGUUUAAUAAAAAUUCUAUGUAUUUUGAAAAAAAAUUAAAAUAAAAUAAUAAUUUCAAACUUUGCUUGAAAUCAAAAGUCAACUACACAAAAAAAAGUAAAUAUGAAAAUGCCUCUUUAAGUUACAUAAGUAAAACAAAUGAUGACGACGACCGCAGUGCCAGAUCAAAGAUAUUUUUGUACAAAUACAAUUUCAAAUUCAAACAGACUUAACAAUUAGUUCGAAAAGAUACUCGUACUUAUUGUCUAUACAGUUGUGAUAAAUUAAAAGUGUUAUAUACCUACAUACAUACAUAGCUACAUAUAAAUAUAAUAAAUUUAUAGUAUAUACUUAGUAAUAUAUAAAAUACAAUACAUUAUAUACAAUAGUAUAUUUAAAUAAAUAAAUAAUUAAUUAAGAAGAAAAGUGCCAGUAUUUUAAAAACAACAGAAAUAUAAUGACAAUUACAUACACAGGAGAAGUUGCGACGUGUCGUGGAUUUGGCUGUUUUUUAAAAUUAUUGCUCCGAUGGCGCGGUAGUAUUUAUAAGCUGGUAUGGCUGGACUUAUUAGCUUUUUUAUUCCUCUACUAUUUACUUAAUCUGAUGUAUCGGUUUGUACUCAAUCCCGAACAAAAGAUACAAUUUGAGGCUGUAGCUCAAUACUGCUACAAUUAUAGUGAUCUCAUACCUCUGUCCUUCGUCUUGGGUUUCUAUGUUUCAAUAGUGAUGACGCGGUGGUGGGGCCAAUACACCAGCAUACCCUGGCCCGAUCCCAUAGCGGUAUUUGUCAGUGCCAAUGUUCAUGGCCAAGAUGAGCGGGGACGUGUAAUGCGACGUACCAUAAUGCGAUAUGUGUGCCUGUGUCUGACCAUGGUAAUGACCAACAUAUCACCGCGUGUUAAAAAAAGGUUUCCCAAUCUAAGUAACUUUGUGGAGGCGGGUUUGUUGAAUGAGAAUGAAAAGGAAAUUAUAGAGAGUAUGAAUAAGGGAUUUCCACGGCAUUCUAAGCAUUGGCUGCCCAUAGUAUGGGCCACAAGUAUUAUCACCAGAGCACGUAAGGAGGGUCGCAUACGUGAUGAUUUUGCGGUAAAAACCAUAAUAGAUGAGCUGAAUAAGUUUAGAGGUCAAUGUGGUCUGUUAAUAUCAUACGAUACCAUUAGUGUGCCUUUAGUAUACACUCAAGUGGUGACUUUGGCUGUGUACUCAUUCUUCAUGUGUUCCGUCAUGGGCCAACAAUGGACCGAAGGAAAAACAGUGGCGAAUAGCAAUUAUGUUAAUAAAAUUGAUUUGUACUUUCCAGUCUUUACAACAUUGCAAUUUUUCUUCUACAUGGGAUGGCUUAAAGUGGCCGAAUCUUUGAUAAAUCCCUUUGGCGAAGAUGAUGAUGAUUUUGAGGUCAAUUGGAUGGUGGAUCGUAAUUUACAAGUGUCUUAUUUGAUUGUGGAUGAAAUGCAUCAUGAACAUCCUGAACUAAUCAAAGAUCAAUACUGGGAUGAGGUAUUCCCCAAUGAACUGCCCUAUACCAUAGCCUCAGAACGUUUCCGUGAAGAACAUCCGGAGCCUUCGACGGCGAAAAUUGAAGUGUCCAAGAAUGCGGCCAUGCCUACCGUUAUGUCUAGCGUUCGCAUCGAUGAUAUGGUUGGUAAUAGUUCCGAAACGAAACCAAACACUUCAAAUGUGCAGGCAGUUAGCUAUAAAUUCCCCGAUAAUAACAUAGAAGAGGAGGCUGAUGAUGCCAGUGGCAUACAUUUUACUGCUGGUAAUGGCAAAACGAGACCAGGUUCAUCACCAAGUUUAGUAAGUCUUAGUGGUACCUUGUCUCGUGUCAAUACCGUAGCCUCGGCCCUAAAACGUUUCCUGAGUCGAGAUGACAGUCGUCCCGGUUCCUUAACGCCCAAUGAUGAAAAUCCCAAAUAUCGUUUCCCCGGUAGUGCUAGCUCUAAUAGCUUGGCACCUGCCGCCAAUAAACCAGUUGGCAGUAUGCGCAUCACCGAUCAAGUCAUUGAAGAAGUCGAUGAACAAACCACCAUCACUUCACAGCGUGUUAAUGAACAACGUCCCAAUGUGCGUGAUAUUUUUGGUCACAAUUCCGCCUCGACGACUAGCAUUAAUAAUCAACAGCAACAGCAGCAAUAUCCAACAGAUCCCAUGGAUAUACCACAGAAGAAUAAGCUGUACAUGCGCACACAGUCAACUGUCGAGCCUAGUCUAUUUCCAGCCGGUGGUGUAGAAGCACUGCUGAGUACAUCUGCUCCAUCGGCCGGUAGUCCGACCAUGGCUCGCACUGUACCCAGUUCGCCCACAAUGGAUAGCACAAAGUCUCUAUUCGAUCGCGAUAAUAAAGAUCGUGGCAGCCGUGAAACGGAACGUACAGAUGCUCCGCCCCAAUUCAGGUGGUUCUUGACAACUGUGGAAGACAUGGAAAUGCGCUCAACAAAUGAUCUAAUAGCGGCCGCCAAUGCUGAUGUGGAAACAGAUGAUUUUGAAAAACUUAAAGCCGAGCGUGAAAAGGAACGUUUGGAACGACAAAAGCAAAAAUUUGUUCGACAAAUAAGCACAGUGCCGGGCACUGAGAAUGUGCCCACCACAAUGGUGCCUGUAAUGGGAGCACCAAUUAUAACCAAUCCAGUCGUAAGUACAGCGGAUGCACAGAAUACUACACAGCCAGUCGUCACACCCUCAACACUACCGACGACAAGUUCAAAUGCCGAUUUACUCUCAAUUACGGAGCCGGUAACGCAUUCUACACAAAAAUGGAAUGAAGGCGGCUUAAAUGAAUGAUAAAUCAAACAAAAUAUAUAUAAUAUUAGCAUAUAAAAAUAGAACUAAUUAAGAAUGCUGUAGGGUACAUGUUAAUGAUAUAAUGUACUGCCUUUCUGUAUUAUUAGAGUUUAAAAAAAAGACACAACACAGUGCAUACAACAAAAAAAUUACAUAUAACAUUUGUACAUACACAAAAACAGUAAUUCGAAACGAAAAACCUGCAUGCUACACAUUUUUUUUAGCCAAUAGAAUUGGAUUGUACGUGUAUUCGCAUAUAAAAAAAGAAGACAAUUAAUUAAUCUAUUUAAUAUUGGGUUUUAAGCUUUACCUUGCAAUUAAUUUAAUUUACAAAACAAAAGAUAACUAUAUAACUUAUUAGAACAACCAGAACAAUAUAGUCUAUUUAUUAAUAAAUAUUUGGUGCUUUAUUAAAAGACAAACUUAAACAUAAUAACAAUAAACAAAUAAUAUUUAAUAAUAAAUUAAUAAAUAAUUGUAAGAUGCUCACUGAAAACAAAAACAAAACAAAAAUAUUCAAUUGCUGCAUAAUAAUUUUUGUUUCUCAAAUAAUAAUAAUAAAAAAAAUAAGAAGAACUUAAAACUAUUUUUGAAAAUUUGAUAUUUUUUUACAUUAUUUAUAAGUACAAUUAACUAAUUAUAAAACAAAUUUAUUUAAAUUAUAAAUAAACAAUUAAUUAAAACAAAGUAAAAAUCAAAAAUCAAAAAUAA